UGUCUGGUACCCUUACCCUUCACAAUAUGUCCACCCCAGCCCUCCCCCAUAUCCCCCUACCCACACACAAGGACCCAAGGAUGGGGCAGGGGUCCUGUUCACCUUCACCCACCACGGCUGGGGAUGAGGAGGCUUUACAUGGGGGUUGUAAGGAAAUAUCCCUAGGGGUGACCCUCACUGAUCGCUUUAUGGCUGCACGGAACCUUCGUGGGCUGGGAGAGUCCAUAAACCCAAUGAGCUGCAGCUCUGAGGAGUUUCCAGCCCUUCAAACCAUCCGCUUGGACCGGGAGGAGAUCUGCACCAUUGGGAGGCUUGGGAUGCUGCCAGGGAUUCACAGCCUCUAUCUACAGCGGAACCGAAUUGAGAAGAUUGAGAACCUGGAUUGCUUUCCCAACCUGCAGUUCCUCUCACUGGCUGGAAACUGCAUCCACAAGGUGGAGAACCUGCUGCCCCUGCAACACUUGCGUUUCUUGGACCUGUCUCAGAACCAGAUCCAGACUCUGGAUACAGAUGAGCUGCCCCGCAGCCUCCGCCUCCUGGACCUGACAGGAAAUGAAUGCACCCAUCAACCCGGCUACAGGGAGCUGGUGCUUGGAGCCCUGCCCCAUCUCCUGCAGCUGGAUGCCCAACCUAUCCAUGGCUGCACGGAUCCUGCCCCGGAUGAGAAAGAGAAGGAGGAGAAACAUUGCUCUGGCAGUGAGGAUAGUGAUGAUGAGUUGUUUGCUGAGCUGACAGCCCCUUUCACCACAGGCAAAGAUUUCUUCACAGACCUGCAGCAGGAGUUGGCUGGGCACUCUCAGAGGAGGCAGGGGAAGGCCCUGGAGGAGCACCAGGCCCGUCUGCAGGAGCUGCAGGAGCACAGGGGUCUGCUGCUGCCCCCCAUAUCACUGGGCACAAAGAGCUGCCCACCCCCCAGCCCAGAAACCAACACAGCCCCCACCCCUGGGCGGUCUCAGCUCCAUCCCCACGCAAAACCAAAGAGAAACCAGCAGCCAAAACCAGCUGCCAAACAGAGGCAGCCCCGACCCACAGCCCUGCAAAAGGAGCCUCGCAGCAAAGGGGCAGGGAAAUAGGGGGCACCUCGGGGAUGUGGCAGCAGCACAGCAUUGCACAGUUGGAAUUAAAGCCUCUUUAUUCUUA